UCUAAAUCCGUCUUGUUCCAUUCCAUGCAUGAUCAGUCUUCAUCUUGCUUUGAAAACACCACACACACACAAUGGCAACUGAACGUUUCCUCUUCACUUCCGAGUCUGUCGGCGAGGGUCACCCCGACAAGAUCUGCGACCAGGUCUCGGACGCCAUCCUCGACGCCUGCCUCGCUCAGGACCCCGACUCGAAGGUCGGCUGCGAGACCGCCUCCAAGACUGGCAUGAUCAUGGCCUUUGGCGAGAUCACCUCGAAGGCUGUCCUCGACUACCAGAAGAUCAUCCGCGGCGUCAUUGAGAAGAUUGGCUACGACAGCAGCGACAAGGGCUUUGACUACAAGACCUGCAACGUGCUCGUCGCCGUCGAGCAGCAGAGCCCCGACAUUGCCCAGGGUGUCCACAUCAACCGCGCCCUCGAGGACAUUGGCGCUGGCGACCAGGGCAUCAUGUUUGGCUAUGCCACCGACGAGACCCCCGAGUUCAUGCCCCUCACCCUCUCGCUCGCCCACAAGCUCAACGCCCGCCUCUCCGAGUGCCGCCGCAACAGCCAGAUGCCCUACCUCCGCCCCGACACCAAGACCCAGGUCACCGUCGAGUACGAGAAGCACGCCGACGGCACCCUCGAGCCCCUCCGCGUCCACACCAUUGUCAUCUCCACCCAGCACGCUGAGGAUGUCUCCAACGACACCAUCCGCGCCGACCUCCACGAGAAGGUCAUCAAGUCCGUCGUCCCCGCCAAGUACCUCGACGACAAGACCAUCUACCACCUCCAGCCCUCUGGCCGCUUUGUUAUCGGCGGUCCCCAAGGCGAUGCUGGUCUGACUGGCCGCAAGAUUAUCGUCGACAGCUAUGGUGGCUGGGGCGCUCACGGUGGUGGCGCCUUCUCUGGCAAGGACUUCUCCAAGGUCGAUCGCUCGGCUGCCUACGCUGCCCGCUGGAUUGCCAAGUCGAUGGUCGCCGCCGGCCUCGCCAAGCGCCUCCUCGUCCAGGUGUCCUACGCCAUCGGUGUUGCCAAGCCCCUGUCCGUCUUUGUUGAUGCCUACGGCACCAGCAAAAAGUCGCACGCUGAGCUUGUCGAGAUUAUUAACAAGAACUUUGACCUCCGCCCCGGCUUUAUCGUCCGCGACCUCGACCUCAAGAAGCCCAUCUACCAGAACACUGCUUGCUACGGCCACUUUGGCCGCCCCGAGUUCACCUGGGAGCAACCCAAGAAGCUUGAUUUCUAAAAAAGCUUAUUUUGUUAUCUGCCGCUUUUCUGCUGUCUUGUUGACGAGUUAAUCUCUUCCGUUGAUGGGCUUGAACGAGCAACACCCCCCUUUUGAUGUUAUUCUUUUGCGCCUCGAUUAAACGACCU